CAGGUGAGGGGUUGCGUUGGGCUGAUCGGAGUAUAUAAGGUCGUGAGGAAAACCUUCUAGUUUCUCCUUCAUUAAAUCCAUCCACGGUCUUUUGCCAACUCCUAUCCUUUGCCUUUCAUCUCCCGAGAUCAAGUCACUCCCGAGAUCAAGUCACUCCCGAGAUCAAGGCACGUGUGAAUAGCUCUUAGCCAUGGCAGAAUCUGAGGACAUCCCCAAAUGGGACCCCAAAAGGUGGCGUGAGGACAAGUCUCAUAAGCCGCUCUGGUACGUUGAAAACCUGGAGAGCAUCGACGACGCCUCCAGAGAGCUUCUCGAGAAGUACAGUGGCAUAGCCCCUGAGAAAGUCAUUCCGCAUAUUGUGGAAGUGAGGGACAAAGCUUUUGAUAUCUUUCCAUAUCCAUGCAUCGGCCUCUUCCGAUUCCUCGAUUUGAGUAUCCGCAACUCCCCGCAGUAUUCUGAGGUGCUUCAACGUACCAAGGACGGUCAAAAGUUUCUUGACAUAGGAUGUUGCUUUGGGCAGGACAUCCGCAAGCUGGUUUACGAUGGAGCUCCAUCCGAGAAUCUCUACGGCGCAGACCUCGAAAUGCGUUUCAUGAAAUUGGGCUAUGAGCUUUUCCUAGACAAAGAGACGCUGAAGACCAAGUUUAUCGCUAGCGACAUCUUCGAUCCCGAAGCCGAUAUCAAGCAACUGGACAACAGCAUCGACAUCGUCCAUGCCUCGUCCUUCUUCCAUCUGUUCGACUGGAAGCAACAAUUCCAAGCCGCCAAACGCAUCGUCGAAAUUCUCAAGAAAGAGCCCGGGGCGCUAAUCAUCGGACGACAUCUUGGCGCAGACGAAUCAGGAGAUAGAUUGUCCAUCAUUGACAAAAAGACGAGGUACUGGCAUAACUCAGACUCUUUUAAGAAGAUGUGGAAACUCGCUGGCGACGAGACGGGAUCAAACUGGGAGGUAGAUGUUGGCAUAAAGCCAUUUCCUCGUGGGGGAAAACUUUUGCGUCAGAUGGAGGACCAUCCGAAUGACACGCGGGUGCUUAUAUGGACGGUCAGGAGAGUAUAGGUCUGAAAGCGGCGCCCAGUCAUUCAACAUGACAUUGCAGCUAUCUUCUCGAACAUACUCUCUUCCGUGUUCUUGAAGCGGUGGAAGGUUUUCAGAGCUCUUAUA